CAUCCUAUGCAAAUAUAUGCUGACGUAAAAGAUCAUGUGGUUUUUGUCGUCGAUCCCCCCUAUGAGCAACGAGGAGGUUUUUUUUUUUUCCUCUCUACUGUUGUCUUUAGGUUAGCUAUGCUACAAUCUUUACAGUACCCAGUGCUAGCUAUAUGCGCCCCGCACCGCACCACUCUGGAUAUCUGGGAAUAAUCAACUUCCAGGCUGUCGCACCCUGCACCCAGAGACUACACACAGAUUCCACAGGCGAUUACCCAGAGUGCCGCUGGCCUGAGGAUCGUCAGGAGAGAGGCAGAGAACGCGCAGUGAUUGGAGGAGGAGGUGGAUCCUCAGAAGGAGCCCCCCCCCCCCCCAGUGAAGCCCCUUCCCUCUGAGGAGACGCAGAUUCGGUGGACAUCUUGGAGAAAGGUCAAGGAAACCAUUUUCCAUUCUGACGCCAGGCCUGAGAUGUGGUUAAAAGCUCCAGAAGAAACGACUUGAAAGCCGCUGCUGUCUGUGAUGCCCUCCCAUGACACCCAGGUCGCUAGCUGACACUGCCAGUGAGCGGGAGACGCCACUGCACAACCGGUCCUGGGCCGGCACAGUCAGCCGGUUCUCGCCCUCCCACUUGCACACUGGAGAUUAAACUCCACCCACCUACCAGUAUCCACAGCCAUCAGCUCCAGUCCACCCAAGUAGGUUCCUUUCAUAAACCGACACACUGACGUCCUCGGCCAGCACCAGCAGCAGCAGCAGCCAAAAACACAGUAUCUUCAACGCAAUCAGCAACACCAGCACAACCAUUAUUAACACCACCAGCAGCAACCAUCAUGUCCAGUCGUAGAAAGUCCUCCACCCCAUGCAUGGUCCGGGUCAUCAGCGACCUGCAUGAAGAGCAAGAUGACCCUAAUGAGGUAAUGGAUAUGGACAUUUUGACGGACAACCAUGUGACAGAAAAAGAACAAUCAGAAUCAUCUGAAACUGCAGAAAACCUCCAGCAGGAGAACUCAGAGAAACCAGACCAGCAGAUGUUUCCAGAAACAGUGGAAACCCAGAAUACUGAGCCAUUACAACAAAAGGAGACGUUGGGUGAAAAAGACAAACCCCCUGUCAUUGAAGAUGAAGAAACCAUAGAGGAAAAAGACAGGGAAGAUGUGGACUCUGACACGGUGCCUCAGAAAAAAGAGUCCAGAGGCUAUGAAUGCAAAUACUGCCCGUUUUCAACACAGAACCUGAAUGACUUUAAAGAUCACGUCGACUCCAGCCACCCUAACGUCAUUCUCAAUCCGUUGUACCUCUGUGCUGUCUGCAACUUCAACACCAAGAAGUUUGACUCGCUCACAGAGCACAAUGAGAGCCAGCACCCAGGCGAAACAAAUUUUAAGUUUAAGCGGAUAAAAAUGAACAACCAGACUAUCUUAGAACAGACAAUCGAAAGCAACGACAAUUCAGUGGUAUGUGAAAUGUCUAAUGAACAGAUGGACAGCAACAGCAGCUUUAUGUUUCCACCUUGCAUAUCAACCACAGUUAAACACCCCGACAACAUCCAGUCGCUGUAUCAAGGGGGGGAACUGAAAAGCCAGACUCAGAAGAAUCAAAUCACAGCAGUCAACAUCAAUGGAACAGUGAUCAUCCCCGAACCCAAUAUCCUUCAAGGGCUCUCGCAUGUCACCCCAAUGCUCCAGCGUCCGCCUAACUUUAACUCUGUACCAAAAAUAGCUGUUCCCUUGAACACCACCAAAUAUAACCCUUCUUUAGAUGACAACUUAACGUUAAUCACGUCCUUUAACAAGUUCCCUUACCCAACACAUGCUGAGCUGUCGUGGCUGACGGCUGCCUCCAAGCACCCGGAGGAUCAGAUCAAGGUCUGGUUCACCACCCAGCGGCUUAAGCAAGGCAUCACCUGGUCCCCAGAGGAGGUGGAAGAAGCCAGGAAGAAGAUGUUCAAUGGCUCCAUCCCUCCUGCACAUCACACGUUUACUGUCACUCAACCGUCUGCCAAAUCCACCCAGCAGACCUUUGUCCACACCACAGUCGGACAUGCAAGUUAUCGGACCACCACGUCCAAUGGGUUGAGUGUAGUCACCACCACAACUUCCCCCGGUGAAGUUGCAAUUGGUUCCAGCCUUGCUAAUAAACGAUCUUUGCCAACACAUCUAAUGACAGUGUCCGGCCCGGAGGCAAAACGGCCCAUCAUGGCAGUGGCCCCUCAUUCUGGCAAUGCUAAAGACAGGGGCCUCAUGGCUCCUCCCCCUCCUCCUCCCCCAAAAGACCGCCUCCCAAUGGCUCCGCCUCCUGUUCCAAUUGAGACGAAGAGACCUGUAGCAGUUCCUCUGGUCACCACAGAGAUGAGGUGGCCAUCCUUAACUGUGCCUUUAAUGCCACCUCCCUCAUCAUCAUCUUCUUCGUUGUCCAAAGGGAAGAUUUUCUCUACGUUAGGAAACCCCAAAACAAAGCCAGUGGUGUCGCUGUCCUCCAUAGUCUUUCCAGAGUCUUUAACAAGGCCCUUGAUAGUUCCUCCGCCUAUCUAUGCGCCUUCAUUUAAAAACCCUUUACUUUUUCCGAUAACUUCGCCUAUCACUUCCAAAGAAAAGCACCUUAAUACUCACACUUUGCCAGCUGCUGAUCAGAAGCUGCCAAACUCCCCACCACUCAAUGGCCCACAGAUAAGAAGGCCAACAAUUAUCCAGUCAAUUCGGGCUCCUACUAAAGCCCCGUCCCAGAUUCCAGGGUUUCCCUUCGAUAGCAAGAAACUAAAAGAGCAACAAGGAGUUGAGUGGAGAUCCAGCUACCCCAGAGGAGAUAAAGUACUCUCUCCUCUGGCAGAGGCCAACGGGACAUCUCAUACAGAUGGAAAAUGGUCCCACAAUCAAAACUCACUGGCUCAGCACAAUGGUGUCCUACAUUUGGAAGGUGGUGAGCUGGCUGCAGUCCUGAAACCAGACUUUCAGCAAAAGUCCUCAGUCCUGACCCAAUUCCCCUUGCUGGAAAGGAUGAAAGGAAAGACAGCAGAACAGUUGAAGAUACUGGAGGAGAAUUUUUUGAGGAAUGGCUUUCCCACUCUUAAUGAUGUGGACAAUCUGGCGGGCACCACCAACUUGUCUCACAAGGAAAUCGAGAGUUGGUUUGUGGAACGCCGUGCACUACGCGACAACCUGGAACAAGCCCUUCUUAACUCCAUGGGCACUAAGAGGAUGGGCACCGGUGGCAUUGCUGCCAUCACUAAGAAACGACUACAUCAGCAACAACACCAAACCCUACAGCUUAAUGGGAUUCACAAACUAAACACUGGUGUGGGCCAUCUUAAAAGCCCUUUGACUCCCUCUCACUCCCUACCCAUCAUUGCACCCUCCGUCCCUAACCCUAAUUCCUGCUCAGUGCCUCCUGACAGCAGAUCCCAGACGCUCCUCAAGGACGAUUUUGCUCAAACGCGGUGGCCUUCCCCUGAGGAGUUCAGCCAACUGGAGAGUCGGACAGGACGUGCCGAAAUUGCCCGCUGGUUCCACGACAGCCGGCUGCAGAGCGGCAACAUGGAGCUGACAGAACUUUUUCACAACAAUGGAGUGAAUGGAGGACAGGGGCAGCCUGUGUACUCUCCCACAAAUUCUCCCCCCAGCAUCCUCCAGCGCUGUCAGGAAGGAGCCCUGACAAACAACCACAGCCGUAAGAUGCUGGAGGUUGAGUUUGGCUGGCUGAUGGAUCAGCGAGCCCAUAGCCUCAGCAGUCAACAGCAAGAUGAGCUCCAUGACCGGCUUGCUGGCAGACUGAGGCAGCAGAACAUGGUGGAGUUUAAGAACGGGGGACGGAACGGAGGAGUCGGGGGAGGAGUGCGGGAGAUGUUCGGCAGCUGGCUGGAGGAAGGACACCUGAGGAGAGGGCGGGAUCUGCUCCUGGACAGAGAGAGGAAGAUGACGGAUGACGCAUCUGGGAGGCUGACUGGAUAAACGGUGCGGGUAGGAUUUACCGCCAUCGCCGCCGCUGCUGCUGGAAUCAUAAGAAAACGAGGUGGACUGAGAAUGAAGCAACGGAAAGAAGUUUUUUUUUUAAUCAUAAGAUCUUUUUUUAAAUUUUUUUUUACAAUUUUUAUCUCUUGAUUGUCACAUCCCAGAUCACGCACAACAUCCAUCCCAUAAUCUCCUCAGCAGUGUGACCAUCACAGACCUGACGUCCAUGCUACAAAAGCCUGAGAAAGAAGGGGGCUUUGCUUUGGCACAUUUUAUCUUAGCAAGGUGUAAACAUACUCUCAAAUUGAAAUCAUAAGAGCACAAGGAGACAUUCCGGGUUACGAUCUGUGAAGAUAAUUGAAUCUGCCAACCAUUACGGUGAAAUUCAAAUUCCUUUCUAUUCAUUGCUAACAGGAUUUAAAGUAUUUCAAUAAUAUUACAGGAGCUAAUUUUCAUCUAGAAAAUGAAGAAACAAGGUUCAACACUCAACAUCAGAGAGAUCACUCAGAUGUGGGGAACUGAUAUCCAACAACAGGUGGAAUUAGUUUUUAAAAUCCCUAAAUUCUCUUUAAGAUCUGGAUUAGUUGUGUCUUUACUAAGUCCUACGAGCCAAUCACAGUGGCAGUUUAUGAAGAAGGCUGCAAACUGAAGGUAAAAUGACACCAGUUUUAUAACAUAACUAGUACACUGUGCUCUAAUAUUGACCCAUCAUUACAAUGAUUUAGCAUUUCACUCAUGACAUAAUCAGACUUGUGAUGAAAAGUUAAGGAAGAUCGAAGUUGCAACAGAAUCAGAUAUUUGUUUUUUUUAUUCCACCAAAUGCUCUUCCUUGUAAAUCAUGAAAGAAAGAUAAUCUGUGGAGACAAUCAGGAAAUAAUGCAUGGUAUAAAAGUUAAUUCACUUUGAGAAAACAAUCCUAUCAACAAACGUUUUGCUGAGCUUUCAGGACCAUCACAUGAUCUUCAUCAGCAGAUUCUUUUUAAAAAAGUUAUUUUUGUGCUAUAAGAACAUUUCAAGAGGAAUCUUUAAUAAGUGGAAAAGAGAAAACGGUCUUUGUUGACUUCAGUGAUGAUGGUGACCAGUUAAAACCUUCUCUUCAUAAAAAACGCCUUCGUUAAGGAUCAGACAUUUUAAAAGAAUAAAAUCAAAUCCAACACGUUCCCUUAAAGAGGAGGAUUAGUUAUUGAUAAAGAACAUUGUCUGCUUAACAUCCCAAACCUUCUCUUUAAAAUCCAACAUUCCCUUUAUGUGCGAAGUUUAAACAACUUUCAAAGACGUGUAUCUUUUUAAAAGUUUGGUUUGGCUUUAUUAACAUCUCAAUGAUCUGAGUGUCUGAACAUUCUGAACUUUGCCUUUAAGAAAAAAACUGUUUCAACGUCAGCCCUUCCAUGUAAGUUCCUGAAAAAAAAAACAGAACUUCUCCUUUAAGUCACUCUGAGGGAGGAGUGGGGGCAUUAGCAGGUUGUGAACUCUUGGACUGGUCGAAUGUUUGAGGCCGAGGUGAUGUUGUACGUGACCUGUGUUGCCGUGGAGAGGCGAGGAGGAGGGUGAACCGGAGCACUGAAUGUGUGCCUGCAGCAGCCGUCUGACUGUACGCCGACUGACAGACAGGGCGGAUUAAAAAAACAGACAAACAAACAAAAACGCCGAGUGCCAAAGCUGGGAUCUGCUGCAUUCUCACUACACUUUUGAAAAAAAGGGUUCUUCUUCUUGUAUAUAGGAUAUAUAUGUUUGUUUGUUUCAAUUUUUUUCCUGUAUUGCUACAGAUUUGUAAAGUUUUGCGGAAACAUUUUGUUACAUUUUGUAAAACGGGAGCAAAUGGUCCCCCCGAAACCCUCCUUUUUGUGUUGCCUUUUUAAACCCCUCUCUCUCAGUUUCUUCUUUACUUUUAUCUGUUGAUGGAAAAAAACGGUGCCAUUAGUGGUGUGUGUGUGUGUGUGUGUGUGUGUGUGCGUGUGUGUGUGUGUGUGUGUGUGUGUGUGUGUGUGUGUGUGUGUGUGUGUGUGUGUGCAACGUUUUUUUUUUUUUCUUUCUCCGUCUCUCUCUUUUUGUACUGAACCACAGUGGAACCACUACAGAAAAAAAAGAAAAAGACGGACCAGUUGGCAAUACUUCAGUCACUUCUCCUUCAUCUCACCGGCACUGGACUUCCGCCCGCCACUUCCCCGCUGAGAGGAGGUGGGAGAAGGAGGAGAAGGGAGGAGGAAGAGGGGGGACUUCGCUUCACAUCAAAUCAGAUUUAAAAAACAAAACACACAAAAAAGCACCUUUGGACCUUUUUCUCUUUUUUUUUACUGUGCAGAAGUGAAGUCAAGUGCUAUUAUAUUAUUAUUAUUAUUAUUAUUAUUAUUAUUAUUAUUAUUAUUAUUGUAGCCACUCUGUCUGGAACCCUUUUUUGAAGAAAAAAGAAAUACACAAGAAAAAAAUAAGAAAACUUAAGCCAAUCUGCACUUCUUGUUCCAACGAACAUGCUUGUAUGACCAAGUGACUGUCGUGGGUCUUUGUUUAAAACCGAUAAGCAACAAAACAACAUGAAAACAUAACAAAAAAAAGAAUAAAGAAACUUUCAAAAUGGUGGCAAAGCUCAGAAGGAUUCAACGGUAACGAUCACACAAUCUAGACAGUGAAAAAUCAUGCUGCCUGAAUCAUACUGCUCUUUUUCUCCCUUUCUCUAUCUCCUUCACUUCUACUCGUCAGUCUUUCUUUUUCUAUCUCUUCGUUUCCUUCAUCGUUGAUUGUUCUCUCUUUCUAUCUCUCUUUGUCAUCGUGCACACCAUCUACACACCUGUAAUAAACACAAAAUAAAGAAAAAAAAGAUAAAUAGCCUUUUAUUCAAUACAUAACUAAAUGUUGGCUUGGUAGGCUUAGUUAAAACUAGUUCCAUUCCGACAGAAAAGAAAAAUAGUUAAAACAAAAUAUGAGCUUCUUUAUGUAUUGCUUCUGCCGCUGUAGUGUCCUGGUCAGAUUUAAGAUGAUAAGACUACAUAUAUCUGAAAUACUGUAUUCACAAAUGCAAACCAGGGCUGGCCUCAACAAAAACUCAAUAUAAUUGGGGGGGGGGGGUCUCAACUCCGUCCACUUGGGGGGGAUUUCUGUACUGCUGCUUUGAAUUGUUGUUUCUAAGCUUAAAGUCUUCAUAGUUGUUUUAACUGUUAGCACUGAAGCUCUCAGCUGCACGUCCUUCUGUAAAAACCCUAAAAAGAAAGCAGCGCUGCAAAGAGUGGCUCUUGGUGGACGCACAGCCUUAGAAAGAUUCCAAGAGACUUUUAUUUUUGCAAGUGUAUAGUUUUAUUGCAUAUUUUUCUGAUGAAUGAUUGAAUGUAUUUGCUUUGAGCAGUUCGCUAAACACUGUGGGUUUACUGUCUGAAUGUUGGAAGAGGAAAGAGCCGAGCACACUAGCAACUUAUAGCAAACUGUUUUGAUCUUCCUGAAGUAGUAUACAAAAAUGUUGAUGCUAAUUGUGAGACAGGAGUCAAAACGCAUUAAAUGUUUGAACUAACUGUCAUUUUAGCAACCAAGCUAACUCUCUUGAUAACUGUAUAUGUUCCUGGUUAGCUAGCUUAUUUUAACCAUUUUCUCUGUUUUAGCCUGUUAUAUCCAAGCUAGCCCUCUUGAACACUGUGUACGUUCCUGUUAGCUUGCAUGUUAGCAAACAAGCUAACUCUCUUGAGAACUCUGUACAUCUCUAGUUAGCUAGGAUUUUAGCAACCAAGGUAACUAUUUUUGGCAGUUAGCAAAGCUACUAGCUACACAUUUCUUUAAAGUCAGGCAGACGAACUUGCUGUGUCUCUUUCAUGACGACGGUUUGAGGCAGAAAAUAUCUUGUCAUAGUUUUUGGAUUAGCUUUUUCAGAAAUAAAACUCAGAAUUAUUCUGUGUUUACACUCUCCUUGCAUAGGUGUUGCUGCUUUAAGCUCCAUUUUGGAAACAAAACAGUCUAGUGUGCUCAAGUCCUCCUCUCUUUAUUUAAUAAUUGCUCACCUUGAAGUUCAUGUGUUUUAUCUGCCUGGUUUCCGAAAAAUAGACUUCAGAAUCCUGAUUUGUUUUCAUAACUGGAUGAUGACAGUGAGACCCAACUUUUCUGGAACCCUAAACCCUUAUUUGAUUUAAUGUGGAUUUUAACCUAAAACUCCAAUGUUGAUUGGUCUAUAGAGUUUCUUGCUGUUUAGUCUGUUUUUAACUCAAAGAAAAAUCAGGUUAAUGCAUACUCCACAAGAUCUUAAUCCCUAACGUGCUUGAGUUUUUCUCAACUGUAACUACAUAUAUGCGUUAGUUCUGAUCCAUCCUAAAUCAUUAAGUACAGGAGUCUUAUUCCGGCGUUUCUUUGUAGCUGUCAAUUAAGAAGCCUGAAAAUAGUUUUUUAAAGCUUGAGUCUAUAAAACAUUACUAUUACAAAAUACUUUCAGUAAUGUAGAUAAGUCUGUGAAACUAAACUACAAAAGUGUUUGGGCUAAACCCAACUUUUUUGAGAAUGCAAAUCCACAUACUGUAGGUACGAAUUCUGUUUGACGUGAUAUGGAGUCAUUUAAAAAAUAUUGUGGAUCACUGAGGCAAUGUCAAUCAUGGACAUUCUAGACAAAAAUAAACCUUUUGGCCAUCUUGCGGGGGAUCAGGGGGAACGUUUCUGACUUCUUUUUUUUGAGGAAACCAGCUGCACUAAAUGUCUUUUUAAGGGGAGUUAAGGCCAGCCCUGUAUCAUAACUGAGGUUCUGCUUCUUCUACUACUGCUACUAUCAAACAACCAGCCUUGGGCACAAAAACUGGCCUGAACACUGUUUCAAAUCCUCCCUUCAAACUCAAGGUGCAUUUGAUUUUCUAAAUUCAUAUACCAGCAUUUUCAAAACUCUAAGUCAGAACCUAAGGUAGAGCACCAGCUUGAUUCGUUGUGGUAAAAAAGGAGACUUCUUCUCCUCAGUUUGGGCAACAGGUCUUGAGCGUCUUUGUUGUUUUUUAACUUCUAAUGACAAAAAUAGCCAUCAUUAUUUGUUUUUAUGUGGAUUUGAAAAGUAUUCAAGCUCUGUUUCUGUUGCCCAGGUCAGCAAAACAACCUGUUGAUGUCUGCUGUAUUUCAAUAAAACACAGCCUUUUUCAAAGGAUACACCUCUU